AUGGAGAAUGGCACAGCAGACGAGCAGAACCAGACUGGGCUGCCACUAUCGAGCCAGGAGGUCAUUACAGCUGAAUACCAAGUGGUUACCAUCCUCUUGGUCCUCCUCAUCUGCGGGCUGGGCAUCGUGGGCAACAUCAUGGUGGUCUUGGUGGUCCUCAGAACCAAGCACAUGAGAACUCCCACUAACUGCUAUCUGGUGAGCCUGGCUGUGGCAGAUCUCAUGGUGCUUGUGGCUGCAGGACUACCCAACAUCACAGAGAGCCUGUACAGGUCCUGGGUGUACGGCUACGUCGGGUGUCUCUGCAUCACUUACCUUCAGUACCUGGGAAUCAACGCUUCUUCUUUUUCCAUCGCUGCCUUCACCAUUGAGAGGUACAUAGCCAUCUGCCACCCAAUCAAAGCUCAAUUCCUAUGCACUUUUUCAAGAGCCAAAAAGAUCAUUAUUUUUGUUUGGGCUUUCACCUCCAUAUACUGUAUGCUCUGGUUUUUCUUGCUAGACCUUAAUACAGUAGCCUACAAAGAGACUACUGUUGUGUCCUGUGGCUACAAGGUCUCCAGGAGCUAUUACUCUCCUAUCUACAUGAUGGACUUUGGUAUCUUUUAUGUUGUGCCAAUGGUAUUGGCGACUGUCCUCUAUGGCCUGAUUGCUAGAAUACUGUUCCUGAACCCCAUCCCUUCAGACCCAAAAGAAAACUCAAAGACCUGGAGGGAUGAUGUGGCUCACCAAAGCAAGCCUGUGAAUUCCAAGAUGACUAACAGGAGUUUCAAUAGCACUAUUGCUUCUCGAAGGCAGGUUACCAAGAUGCUGGCCGUGGUUGUGAUCCUAUUUGCAUUCCUCUGGAUGCCCUACCGUACCCUCGUUGUGGUCAAUUCCUUUCUCUCCAGACCCUUCCAAGAAAACUGGUUCCUGCUGUUUUGCAGAAUCUGUAUUUAUUUAAAUAGUGCCAUCAAUCCUGUAAUUUAUAAUCUCAUGUCUCAGAAAUUCAGAGCAGCCUUCAGGAAACUGUGCAAAUACCAGCAGAAACAGGAGAAGAAACCUGCCAGUUACAGCAUGGCUCUAAAUUAUAAUGUCAUCAAGGAUUCUGAUCAUUUCAGCACUGAGCUAGAAGAUAUCACCAAUACCUACCUGUCCUCUGCAAAAUUGUCCAUUGGUGAUACGUGUUUGUCAUCCAAGGUAACAGUUAAUACAUGUCAGUGUCUGCUCUGGAGUCCUCCCCAAGGAGAGCAUGUUGUUGUCCAUCUUGCUGUGCAUGUUGCUGUGCAUGUUGCUGUGCAUGUUGCUGUGCAUGUUGCUGUAUGUGUUGCUGUGCAUGUUGCUGCCCUGCCCCCACUGCUCCUAGACUCCCACAUGGCAACACUGUACCCCUGCCCCAAGUUGCUGUACCUUGUUCAGUUGGGCCCUGAGGAGGAGGAUGACAUAAGAACUUCUAUGUAA